CCCCUGACAUCGGUACCCCACUGAAACGUAACCGCUGUGGACUCGACGGCCGCGACCUGACAGCUCGACCACCUUGACAACCUCCAGUCCCUCCGUCUGGGGAUAGCUUCAGAUCUCCCAAACCACCACAGGCGAACAGAUCCAACAUCUGCAGACUUGGGGAACCGCACCACAAGCUGCCACGACCACUUACUUGACUAAUGACUAAUUUGUUUCUUUAAUGGCGCUUAUAAUAUAGAUUCGUCCUUCUUCAAUCGCAAGCACGAACCACCUGUUCUUCCCCCCCGUUCGAACAGAUUGACCGCCCGCGCAUUCGCCAAUUAUCUAUCACAAACAAAACGUCGCGACACAAACAUCACCAAAAUGGCGAACCACCCAAUCCCCGACCUCUCCACCCUCCUCUCCUCCGCCCAGAUCUUCUCCGCCAACUACCCCCUCCCCCACAUCCGCGCCAUCCACAAAGCCCUCCAUGCCGAGAUCGACGACAAGCAGUCGCGCCUGCGCACCCAGGUCGGCGGCUCCUACCGCGAGCUGUUGGGAACAGCCGACACCAUCGUCCAGAUGCGGGGGGACAUGGAAUCCGUGCAGGCGACGCUGGGGCGCAUGGGUGGAAGAUGCGGCAGGCAGGUGGUGAAGGAGAAGAUGGAUGGACUCAAAAAGUGGGAUGAGGCUGAGGAUAUGGAUAACACAAGAAGAAGGGAGGCGGCGAGGGUCAAGAUUUUGGAGGGGUGUGUUUUGGCUGUUCAGAAGUUGUUGAGACGGGAGGAGAAGGGACCGGGGAGGGAUACCAGGAAGAUGAGGGGGGGUAAGGUGGAAGAGAAGGAGGUGGUGAUGUCCAAGGGGGAUAAGUUGCUUGUUGCGGCCAAGGUUUGCGUGCUGGGGAGACUGUUGGUCAAGACUUUUGAGCGGGAGGGGAUCCAUAACGAGGCGUCGAGGACGGCGGUCAAGUCGGCUGAUAGGUCGUUGACCGUCCUCCGCGAUAGACUCCUCCGGUGCAUCGACAGCGUCCUGGUGAGCAUCAACGAGAAGCUCACCCCGCGCAGCGAUCUCCUCAAGGCGUUGAGCGCGUAUAGUCUGCACACCAGCUCUGGAGCGCGGGAUACUCUUCGCCAUUUUCUCGAGGUGAGAGGGAGCGCCCUAUCCUGGGAGGGACAGCCGUCAGCAGUCCGAACACCCAAGGACAUCCUCAGACGGCUCAACCUCUACGCCAAAACGCUGCAAGACGUGCAAGCCCUCGCGCCCAACAAACUCGCGGACGCGCUUAACGGUCUUAAGAAGAAGGCGCUCCUGGCAGAUGAUUCCCUCCGCGCCAUCGAGGGUCUCCGGCUGGAUACCUACUCGCGCUGGUGCGGCGACGAAAUUCGGUACUACACGCCCUUCAUCCGGCACGACGAUUUGCAGGCCGAAAGCGUCAACAGCCUGUUGUUUGAAUGGGCCCCCGUGCACCGCGACGUUUUUAUUGAUGACCUCGACAAAACCGUCAAAUCCAUGAGCGAAUUCAAAGCCAUUGUUGACCUGCGCACCUCGGUCCUCCGCCUCUGGAUCGCCGAGAGCUCGCGCGUCCGCUUUAACGAUUUCAGCCCGAAGGACGAACAACAUUCCGACGAUGGCACUCCCAUCAACAGCUCCAUGUUCAGCCAAAUCCGCUCCACAAUCAACAACCAUUUAUUGUCUGUAAUCGACUCCAAAGUCCACAAGCUCCGCCUCGUCGGCUCCGAAGCCUCAGCCGCUCUCGCGGCCUGGCGUGAGGGAACCACCGAUCAGCACCUCUCCCUUUGGGACCCGUCCACUUUUUCGGGUAUCGACCUCACCAUUCCCUCCGGCCCAUCUGGCGGCGCCGCCCAGCAAUUCGCAUCCGAAGUAAUCUCCCGUCUCUACGGGCGCAACGACGCCGUCUCCAAAGCCGUAGCCUCCUACAAAUCCUGGUUCCACGUGAUCGACGACGUCGGGUCCGUAGUCGACCAGUUGCGCCGCCAGCGCUGGGAAAACGAUCUCGAGGACGAGGAAGGAGACAUGAUGGUGGUCGAAGACGAAGAGACCAUCGAGCAGCGACAACAACUUCUCUCGCGCGAGGAUCCGGAAAGACUAACUACCCACUUGAGCGACUCCCUCCUGAAAGCGUUCGCUGCGCUAGAUGAACAUUUAACGGACCUGUGGAACCAGCAGAGGGAGGGUCCGAAUAAUGGGCAGAUAGCCAUGUACCUCCUCCGCUUACUACGCGACAUCCGCAGUCGCCUCCCUACUGAGCAGCAGCAGCCUCAAAUUCCUCCGGGCGCGGGCGCGUCGGAGGAAGGCAGCAUCAGCAGCAUCAAAGCCUUCGGCCUCCCCACCAUUCCCUCCCUGCACUCCUCCCUCGCCCGCACCGUUUUGGUCAGUUCCGUGGAUGAGUUUGUUACGGUCGCUUUGGCGAGAAAGACCGUGGUUGGCCGAGCACUGUGGGAGGGAAGUCCCGAGUUGCCCACGUCCCCAUCGCCAGGCAUGUUCCGGUUCCUGCGGAACUUGUCGGCGGCGAUGGCGGAUGCGGGAGCGGACCUGUGGAGUCCGGCGGCGGUGAGGGAGCUGAAGAGGGCGGUGAGGGGGGAGGUGUGUAGGGUUUGGUUGGAGGCUGCUAGGGGGGUGCUAAGUGAGGGUGAGGGUGGGGGUGAGGGGGACGCGGAGAAGGUUGCGGGGGGAAGUGAUAAAAAGGAGGACGAAGGGGAGAAGGAUGAUGAUGAGGAGGUUAAGGAGGUUAAGGAGGAGGGUGAUAACAGCGGGGAAGAAGGAAAAGAAGGCAACGGCGAGGAGGCCAAAACAGAAGAAGAUAAGCCUUCUGAAGAACAACAACAGCAAGCCAAGGAAGAAGCGGAAAAGCUCAAAAAACAAGAAGCCGCCGAAAAAGCCAACCAACAACGUCGGGAUCUCUUCGUCCAAUGGCUCUUCGACAUCAUCUACCUCGGCAUCUUCCUCGACGGCAGUAAGGGCGACUUCAACGAGAUUGCCAACACGGUCUUCCAGCACUCUGGCUUGGAUCCGGGGGCUAAGGGAAGACUGGUUAAGGCGGCGCAGGAGUACUAUAAGAGGACGCAGUUGUUGUUUGGGUUGUUGACAUAGCCUUCUUUUUUUUGCCAGGCAGGAAAGACCCUUGGAAAGAAAGGACCGCUGGAAAGCAAAGCAGCUCACGCGAUCUGAUGAUUACUUGUGAAAGUUUGCAAUUAACACUACCAUUAAUAUUGCU